GAAGCGUUAGGUUUGGCUCACAUACGUCGCAUGUGUACGUAGCAAACGCGGCGCGUACGUUUAGACAUUCGCCCGUCCGUCCGUACGUAGUUUAAGUUCGUUUAGUUGUUGUCAGUUGGUCCUUUAAUCUCCGCAACUGCAGACGCGUGAACAGCUGUGCCGUGUCGCGGUGUUGUCUAAAAUUAAAAUCGGUCCGAACGGUGGUUGGUUGGUUUACGCACGUUUCGCCGUUUAAGUUCGCGUCUCGAAACGGUGCGCACCGUCAUCAGAGAUAAACCGAGCCGCUCGCGUCUACGUAUCCUACGGGAAAUUUAUGUGCAAAUCUGAACGACCUGCUCCCUUAUGCGAGAUCGCCGGAGUAACUUCACCAAAGAGUACAUAAAUAAUAUCGUCAAUCCACUAGGAAGUAGACCGGCAAGACCGACAGAUAUCGCGCGUGCCAACGACGAACGCGUGGCCACUGUCACUGAGCCCGCUGAAGAACUCCCGAAGAACAUGCUAAUGCCUAGUGCGAGCAUAGCCUCGCCGGAAGGUGACACCUUGGGAUUAACUGGAUUGGGUGUUUUGAGUACCGCCGGUACUUUGAACGGUACCGGUAUCCAAAACAAGGACACCACGUGGACGAAAUUGUUCGUCGGUGGACUACCGUACCACACAACCGAUAAGUCAUUGAGGGAUCAUUUCGCGGUCUACGGCGAAAUCGAAGAAGCAGUGGUAAUCACCGAUAGACAAACAGGGAAAAGCAGAGGAUACGGAUUUGUCAUAAUGGGCGACAGAGCAUCGGCUGAGAGAGCCUGUAAGGAACCGAAUCCAAUAAUAGAUGGAAGAAAGGCCAACGUAAAUUUAGCUAUUCUUGGAGCCAAACCCAGAGGAAAUGUACCCACUGGCUUCCCAUUUCCAAGCGUGAGAACUGCAGCUUAUCAAACCCUGCUCCCCAGCCAAUAUGGAGUACCUCCCGGCUACAUGUACCAGUCGCCCUAUUUGGCAGCUACCGCUCCAGGAAGCUUGGUACCAUUGCCGACAACGCAGCUGUCACACGCGGCUGCCGUGGCAGCUGCUGCAACUACACAAUUCUACGAGUACCAGAACGCAGCCGCCGUAGCUGCAGCCGCAGCUGCUCCAUACACUGGCCAAUACGCCAACGGCUUCGAUGCAUAUACACCUUACACUGGAGCUGCGGGUGCUGCCAACUAUAUGCCAUAUACCUACGCGGCUUUGCCGCAGACACCCGGUAUACCAGCGGGAGCAACCGCGGGUGCUUUCCCGGGUAUUCCGUAUCAAACGGCGGCGGCACAAGCGACUACCCUACAGGAAGCUAGACUGCAGUGAGAGCAGUGGUUUUGUAGCGGUACAAGUCAACGAUGGCAGUGAUUGAGCAGAACAUUUUAGUAAAAAUUAUUUAAUUUGGUUAGUUUGAUUUAAAAGUACUGAUAGAUUACGAAAUUCAAAAAAUCGGAUCAAUUCAGGCGACACUUAAAUCGAAAGAUCUGCAAAAAAACGAUUAGUUUAGGAAGUUUCGUAUAGUUUAUUUAAAUAUUAGUGAAUAAAUUCCAAUAAUUAGUUACCAAAAGUAAUAAUUUUUUUAAUGCUCAAUAAGUAAUAGAACCUUAAUAUAUUCAUAGACUUCAUUGCUAAUCUUUUGCGGACCGUUUGUUUGUUAAUGCUGCAAAAGAAAGUGCAAUAGUUCUGUAAAAUUAUUUAAAAACUGAUUAGGGAUUCUUUAAAUAAUGUAUAGUUCUAGUCCCCUAUGUAACAUUAUAAUAUAGUACUUAAAUAUUUAUAAUAUAAUAAUCAGAAUAUCAAUUUGGUUUAAAUAGUUAUCGACUUAUUACAUGUAUAUUACAAAUAUACCAUUUAAGCUGCUGCGUUGAUCGUAAUAGAUUACAAAAUUUAUUUAUUUUUUACAUUUUCACGUCUUCAAUAAAUAACGCAAGUUAAUAUUUUGAUAACGCCAAGCAGUAGUACAUAUUUGUACUUAAAUCAAUCAUUAAAAAUAAUAUAUACACAGGGUCGUAGCAUCUUAGUAUAUUAAAACUACUUAUCUCAAAAGAAUGCAAAAUCUUAUAUACUAUGUGCAUUCAGUGCCUUUCUGCAUGGAAAUAGUAUAUGCUGACAAAAUCGAUAUUUUUCAUUGCUAGUCGAAGAUUUUGGGGUCAAAAUCGUUUUCCGUCCAAUUAUAGUAAACAAUUAAUUGAACAGCCAACCCGUUAGUGAUCAUCCCAAACUAAGUGGUUGUGAAACUAUAAGUGUAUCUUAUCGGCAUUGUGAAAAUGUAAAUACCAUUUUAAAAUACCACAAAAUAUGAGUAGCGAAUUAUUAUAUUUUUCUUUAAUUUUCAAACACGGCUCAGUAUAACUCGGGCAGCAUCUUCAUUACAACUGUUUAAAAACCAUGACGUUUAGUAUUAAGAUUGUUAUUUUUCAACCUAAAAUUAUUUUUUACUAAAAAUAAGUUACAAAAUUAUUGUAAUCAUUUAAAUAAAUAUUUCUAAAUAAACUGA